AGUCAGCAUAGGACAGCAAGGGACGUCAAGAGUGAACACUUCCGGAGUGCAAACCUAUCGCUGCAGCUUCGUUUCUUCUUCAUAUUUUGGUGGCCUUUCACUUUAAUGCCAAGGCGAUAUAUGUCUGAGGGUUUCAGUGUAAGCUUGCUAGCAAGAAUGAGAACCCGGAGGUCGCAACGAUACUAUAAAUUUUCUCUCCACCUUUGAUUUCUCCUAAAAGGAAGAAGCUGUCUCUUCGUUUAUUUUCCAUCAUUAACGUACUACGCGAAUGCCGGCUUCUCAAAUGUGCAAUUACUGGUGCUAUGCUGCAGCUGGAAGGACAGCAUUCAGGACAAGCUAAAAUGUUUGAUGGCGCCCAGCCCCUCUUUGUGUUCGGUGUGAUUGCUGAUGUUCAGUAUGCCAACGUUGACAACGGGAGUAAUUAUCUGAAGACUAGGAGGCGCUAUUAUCGGAACAGCGUGACGUUACUGCAUGAUGCAGUCGAGCACUGGAAUGGAAUUGCUCCCCAUUUUAUAGUUCAGCUGGGAGAUCUAAUCGACGGUUUGAAUAAGAAGCACAAUUUCUCGGCGAAGGCGCUGGAGAUUGUGAUGAAGGAAUUCCAGAGGUGCAGAACAAAAAUUCAUCAUGUCUGGGGCAACCAUGAAUUUUAUAAUUUUACAAGAGAAUAUUUAAUGAGCUCCAUACUUAAUAGCAAAGUUCUGGAAAGUGCAUUAGAUGAUAUUUCAGUAAAUCCUGAAGACCACGCCGCUGAAGCCGCCAUCUACUCCUACCAUUUCAGUCCCACUCCAAGCUUCCGGUUUGUGCUGCUAGACGCCUAUGAUUUAAGUGUUUUAGGAAGAAAAGCACCGAGCAAGAAAUAUAAUCAAUCACUUAAAAUUUUGCAGGAUAAGAACAAGAAUCAAAAUCUCAAUUGCCCUCCAGAGGGACAGUGCGGGACAGAACAGCGCUUUGUUCAGUUUAAUGGAGGAUUCAGCAAAGAACAGCUUUCCUGGUUGGACAAAAUACUUACAUAUGCUGACAAAAACCUUGAGAAAGUCACAAUAAUUAGCCACCUUCCUGUACAUCCAGACAGUACAGACCCCAUCUGCUUAGCCUGGAACUAUGAAGAGGUGCUCUCAGUUUUGCACUCACAUAAGAGUGUAGUGUGCUUCAUGGCUGGGCAUGAUCACGAUGGAGGCUACCACAUGGAUCACAGAGGAAUCCAUCACGUCACCAUGGAAGGUGUAAUCGAAACCCCGCCAGACACCAAUGCAUUUGCUACGGUGUAUGUGCACCAGGACAGGAUGAUUUUAAAGGGGGUCGGAAGGGUUUCAGAUAGGAUUAUGCUAUAUCCUUCAACAUAAAAAAAAUAUUAAUUUUCUUCUUUAAAUGCAAUAUUAAAAUAUUUCAAACCAAAAGAACAAAAACUAGCAGUAUUUAAAAUGAAAUGACUUGAUGUUGUUCAUUUUACAUAAAGCGCAUGUUCAAUCAGUGAGCAAUCAUGGGCUUAACUUCCAAGUGAAUGUUUUAUGUUGCUGCCACUCAUGAUGAUGAUGAUGUAAAGAUUUUAUUGAGCACAAUUCCUGCAAAACACAUUCAGGUCACAAGUACAGAUGUAAUGCAAUUGUAAAAUUACAGUGCUAAAGUGCUAUGUAUUUAAAGUAUUGAAGCUGUUUUUGCAGCUCUUACUGUACAGUGUAUUAGAUAAAUCAUAGAGCUAUUCAGGAUAAUCCUGUAAUUGAAUUUCUGUGUGAUGUUACAGAGAAGAGAACUGGAUGAGAUUGUAAUCCUCCAUUUAUUGUAUUUUUAUGGAUUUUUGAAGAUUAAAAGCACAUCUGUUUCAAA